UCUUCUUUCGGGCUCGAUCAAACAAUCAGGAGAUCUGUGUAGGCCACAGCGUCAUUGCACGCCGGGGUCCUUGCCCGCUCCCUCUCUCUGCCACCGCUUAAAGCCUGGGAGAAUGCUUUUGAAAGCGAAUCAGGAAAUUACUUAUCAAUCUGAAGCCCCAAAGAGUUAUGAAUAAUCCUCGCUGCCAAAGGGAAGGGGAUUUUGAGCAAAAGCUCCACAUCUGCGCACAUUAGAGUUCAAAGACUCCAGCUGUUGGAAGGUCUUGCGAGCAAUAGCCAAAGAUGUUUGUCUUGCUCUAUGUUACAAGUUUUGCCAUUUGUGCCAGUGGACAACCCCGGGGUAAUCAGUUGAAAGGAGAGAACUACUCCCCGAGGUAUAUCUGCAGCAUUCCUGGCUUGCCUGGACCUCCAGGACCCCCUGGAGCAAAUGGUUCCCCUGGGCCCCAUGGUCGCAUCGGCCUUCCAGGAAGAGAUGGUAGAGACGGCAGGAAAGGAGAGAAAGGUGAAAAGGGAACUGCAGGUUUGAGAGGUAAGACUGGACCGCUAGGUCUUGCCGGUGAGAAAGGGGACCAAGGAGAGACUGGGAAGAAAGGACCCAUGGGACCAGAGGGAGAGAAAGGAGAAGUAGGUCCAGUUGGUCCUCCUGGACCAAAGGGAGACAGAGGAGAACAAGGGGACCCAGGGCUGCCUGGAGUUUGCAGAUGUGGAAGCAUCGUGCUCAAAUCCGCCUUUUCUGUUGGCAUCACAACCAGCUACCCAGAAGAAAGACUACCUAUUAUAUUUAACAAGGUCCUCUUCAAUGAGGGAGAGCACUACAACCCUGCCACAGGGAAGUUCAUCUGUGCUUUCCCAGGGAUUUAUUACUUUUCUUAUGAUAUCACAUUGGCUAAUAAGCAUCUGGCAAUCGGACUGGUACACAAUGGGCAGUACCGGAUAAAGACCUUCGACGCCAACACAGGAAACCAUGAUGUGGCUUCGGGGUCCACAGUCAUCUAUCUGCAGCCAGAAGAUGAAGUCUGGCUGGAGAUCUUCUUCACAGACCAGAAUGGCCUCUUCUCAGACCCAGGUUGGGCAGACAGCUUAUUCUCCGGGUUUCUCUUAUACGUUGACACAGAUUACCUAGAUUCCAUAUCAGAAGAUGAUGAAUUGUGAUCAGGACCAAGAUCCCUGUGGUAGACACUCAUCGAAUCCGGGGUUCCAGAAGGUGGAACAAGCAGGAAUGGGAUCCAAAGAGACUCCCACUCAGAUUCUAAAGCAUUUAAAGACAAUUCUAGCAGAAUUUAUCAAAACAAGAUGAAACACAGAAAACUUGAAACCACAACAAAAUGAAUUCUAUUACAGAAUAGCCCCAGAUACAAAUUCUCUUGAAAGCAAUGUUCAUAAAUAUUUAAGCAAAUUAAAGACAAUGUUAACAAAUUUUCUAUUAAAUGCCCUGAGUGAUAAAACCAGUUGGCAAUAAUAUUGCCUUAUUAAAUCUUCAAAAAAAUAUAUUUUAGUCUGUUAUUUAAGAAAAACAUAACAUCCCAAAAUCUUUGACAAUUCUCAAAAGGCUAUAUAGUAAGUCAAAAACCAAAGGUAAGAGAUGCUAACUAUUUUUCAAGCAAGCUACAGAGAAAUGAUAAAUGUCUUUUGUUUUAUUAUUUAUUCCUUCAUGUUUGUAUAUAUUCACUCAACAACCCUUUAAUGAGCCUGUAAGGACCAGACACUGUGGCACUGAAUCAGAUUUAAUAAUGAGUUAAGACAAAGCCCCUACCUACAGGCUAGUGUGUGGUGAUCAAACUAUCACAAUUCAGUGUGAUGAGCAGCAUAGCAAACAGAUGGAUUUGAUGCUAAAACACACAGGGUCUGCUAUUUCUGAGGCUGGGGGCCAGAGAAGCUUUUACACAUGGAAAAACACUAAUCAUGCCAAGGUGUAUGUGUUUAAGUGGAUGUGAUGGAUGCAAAAGGAAUGAGGAAUUCAGCACUGCAUUCUCUUUGCGCCCUCAAUGUGUGAUUGGUAUUCUCAACAGCAAAGGGGUGAAAAAUCUAGAGACAGAGGAGGCCUGGCAGGGGUGAUAAAAAUGAAGAUUGAAAUGAAGAGAAAUAGCCAGCAGAUGAUUCUUCUAAAUCCUUUAGUGUGAUGGUUUCCCAAGACAAACAUUUGUCCUAAUAGCUUUCUCAUAAAUAUGGGCACCACUUUACAUUGUGGUAAGACAUUGCUUCUCAUGGAUCUGCUAGGUAUUUAGUUCAAAUAAAGCAAGGCAUAUGUUCACUGACUUAUGAGUAAGCUGAUGAGAGCAAUGAACAGGAGAAGGAGGGAGACAGCCAAAUGUCUGAGUAAACAGACAUCCCUUCCAAGUUUCACACCUCCCUUAGUCCCACUCUUGCUUGUGUCAGCACCUUGUUCUUCACUGAACUGCAAUUCUUCAAUUAUUCUCUUCCAUGAUUCUGUCUGAUCUACCAUUCCCAUGGUUUAUGGUAAUAGUAUUCCCUUCAUCCCUCCCUUUUGGUAACUUCCAAUCCUCCUUCUAUGUAUUCCUUUCUCUGCUCAUUGACUUAUAAAUAGUUUUCAUACCUCUUAUGUUUGAAUCACCAUGCUAGAUUCUGUGAAGACAGAAGAGUAUCAAGAUUAAUAUAUUAAUAGUAUAGCUCCAACUGGUAAAUUUCUUUUUUUUAAUCUUCCCCAAUUUAAAUUUUUUAAUUUAAAAGUAAAUUUUACUGUCGAAAAUGCAAACUUGGGGAGGGCGGAAACAUCACACACAAGGCUGCCACUUCACACUUGGAGGGUUGCAUGGCGGCUGGGCAAAGAUGCUCCCCACUUCCCAGAUGGUGCGGCGGCCGGCCAGAGGCACUCCUCCCUUCCCAGACAGAGGGGCGGCCGGGCAGAGGUGCUCCUCACUUCCCAGAUGGUGCAGGAGCCAGCUCUGACUAGUAAAUUUCUAAGGAUACCAGAAAGGAAAUGGCAUGCACACACACAAAAAUACCUAUAAUUUUGGAAGAUAAAAUGAUAAAAUAUGCUAAGUUCUAGGCUGGAAAUAAGAGCAAAAUGCUGUAAAAGAAGAGAAAAUGUUUAUUUCCAAAUUAGGAUGUGACAGAGAAGGGACAGGGAAAUCCUCUCUGCUCAUUGGGCCUUACGUGAUGGGUGACACUUGGAGUGGCACAAGUUGGGGGAAAGUGCACUUGAGACAGAGGUAAUGAUGGGGAUGAAGUGAGAACAGAGACCCAGAAGGAGAAUCAAUGGACCAUAUUUGUAAGAGCUUUGAAAGCCAGCCUGAGAUUUGGAGGAUUUAUUCAUAAGAAAGUGUGGAGAACCUGUGUAUUUCAGAGCUGGAUACUGCCAUUACCACAGAUGAAAGUUGCAAUGAUCUAGCAGUUUUGUGUAAGGGUAAGGCUUACUUUUCCUGUCUUUCAACCCUAUCUUGCUUUCAUUGUCUUCAUCUGCCUGCCAUAUUUUGUGCACUUAUUGCUCUCCUUCUGAGUCAGGACAUGUGUACAGGAGACCAACAACAAUGAGUAUUAGAAAAAAAGGAGAGAGCAAAGGUGGUUUGAGGUAGUCACCUGCUUACAGAUAACAGCCAAAGAUAGAAUUCCAAGUUAUAAAGCAUAAAAAAGAGUCAACAGAAGUAACUAAUCUGGCAAAAAUGAACAUAUGGGCACUUUGAAGACUACAGGAUUUGCUGGAUAAACUGGAAAUGGAGAAGUUAUUGCAGACAGUCAUGAACCACAGAUUACUGUGAUUAAAAUUUUCUUCUGAUCGUAAUCCACAAAUGCAUUCAUUUUUUGGACAUUGCUUACUUAUCUUUUAAAUGUGUCUUUUAUUACGAAGCCUAUUUUGAGUAGCUUCUAAAACUGAAUUUCCUUUAAUUGGUUUGAAGCCUAGAGAUGAAUUUCAUUUUGAAAUAUCUGGUGGGAUGGUAAUGGGGAUCAGAGAACUGACAUGAGAAAGGAGGAGCUGUUUUGGUAUUAAACAAAUAAAAUCUUAAGCAAAUGUAGGUGUCUUUUAUUCUUAAAAAAUAGCAGAUGCAGUUUAUCCACAUUUGUAAAUAUUUGUAUAAAGAAAGUAGCAGAACAGUUUUGGUUUAAAAAAUUCCAAGUCUCAUUCCAGUCAUUCUUUGUAAAGGCUGACUUGUAAUGAAUAUGUAUUAAGCAAUAUUUAUUGACUAUAUACCAUCUUGUUCUGGAAGAGUUUAAAGCCACUUACGAAGAUAAAUAAGAUAUAAAAAGAAAACAGUGGUAAAAAGCAGAUGAGAAGAAAUGGGAAAAACACAGAAAAAAGAAAAUAAUGAGGCUAAUAUAAUGCUGUGUGUACAUGAACAUGCAUGUGCCUGUGUUACACAUUUUCAGGCCACAAAUGUUUCUUUGUGCCCCUGCAUGCACAAGGGUAUUCCCAGGUCAUUUGUCAUUGUGAAUAGUGUUGCUUAUGAUAAAAAAUAGAUUCUAUAAACUCUAA